UCAAACGACAGUGGAGAAGUGAUUACUCCAAACGGUAAAAGCAAAGAGCAGGAAUAUUUCUAACAAUGAGAGUUUACAACUUGCUGCUGCUCACUUUUGUGACUGCCCUGGCUUCUCUGGCUGCAAGCGGCGAGGCACACAUUCCUGACUGUACGGAUCAUAUUAAUGGACUCUCGUUCGCGGAUCCCAUUAGCUGCUCCAGCUUCUAUGUUUGCCUACGCGGCCGUGCACUGAGAAGAGAGUGCGGACAUGGCCUGUACUUUGACCCCAGGACUCAGAUCUGCAACCUACCGCGCCUUGUCGAGUGCCACAAUGGCGAUCGCAGUGGUUCGAUAGUCACUGGAGAUGCUCACGACGAUCAUCUGGCGGCCCCAGGUGGUAAAGCUCCUUGCGAAACAACUCCGAAGCCACCGUGCACUAAGACAGCCCCUACAGCUCCCCCACCCUGCACGAAAACAACUACCCCAAGCGCAGAAUCACCAAGUGAAACAACUACACCUUGUGAGACAACUAGACGGACGACAACACCAGCGGAGAAAUCCACAAAGACAACAACUAUAAAAAGAACAACACCGAAAGCAACAACACCUCAGGUAUCAACUGCUGGUCCAGUAACCGAUAAGACUACAACACCGAAAGUAACAACACCUAAGGCAGAAAAGUCGACAACAUCCACAACUACAACUCAAAGUACAACAACAACGUCGACGCCUUGUACAACAACGACGACAUCAACAACAACGACAUCAACAACGACAACAACAACUACAACAACCACCACUUCGACAACAACAACUACUACAACAACAACAACCACAACAACCACUACAACAACAACAACACCUUGUACGACAACGACAACAACCACGACAACGACAACAACCACGACAACAACCACGACAACAACCACCACAACAACCACGACAACAACCACGACAACAACAACCACUACAACAACAACAACACCUUGUACGACAACGACAACGACAACGACAACGACAACGACAACGACAACAACCACGACAACAACCACGACAACGACAACAACCACGACAACAACAUCAACACCUUGUACGACAACAACCACGACAACGACAACAACCACGACAACAACCACGACAACAACAACAACAACAACAACAACAACAACAACAACAACGACAACAACAACGACCACAACGACAACAACAACGACGACAACGACAACUGAAGAGCCAUGCGAGACCACUAAGCCCCCUUGCACAGCCACUGAAGCAACAACGACAACUAAAACAACGACAACUAAGACAACAACUACUAAAACAACAACGACUAAAACAACAACAACGACUAAAACAACAACAACGAAGACAACAACGACGACGACAACUGAAGAGCCAUGCGAGACCACUAAGCCCCCUUGCACAGCAACUGAAGCAACAACGACAACUAAGACAACAACUACUAAAACAACGACAACUAAGACAACAACUACUAAAACAACAACGACUAAAACAACAACAACGAAGACAACAACGACCACGACAACUGAAGAGCCAUGCGAGACUACUAAGCCCCCUUGCACAGCAACUGAAGCAACAACGACAACUAAGACAACAACUACUAAAACAACGACAACUAAGACAACAACUACUAAAACAACUACAACUAAAACAACAACAACUUCGACGACAACCCAGCCACCUUGCACAACAACAGAACCGCCCUGCACAACAACCGAACCACCCUGCACAACAACCGAACCACCCUGCACAACAACCAAACCUCCCUGCACAACAACCGAACCACCCUGUACCACAACCGAGCCACCCUGUACCACAACCGAGCCACCCUGCACAACAACGAUUGCCCCUGAUGCAACAAGGCAAAUUGCAGCAGUCGUAAUCAAUCCAGCUGAGGAACUGGUCUCACUGCGCGACUGCCAGGGCCACGAGGAUGGAACUCUGUUCACAAAUGCCAGACACUGCCGCCGCUUCUAUGUGUGCCGGAACAACAGAGCCAGACACCAGACCUGCCCCUUCGGCCAAUGGUUCGACCGUGAGCUGAAGAUCUGCCGCAGCCGCCUUGAGGUUACCAACUGUGCAGCUAGGCGCAACUAAACGAUGAUAAUUUGGAUACUUGAACCCCAUACUGCGACUGUACCCGGACCUAUUCCAUAUGACUAAACGACAACUCUCUUCGCUCUCUCUCUCUUCACUCUACUCUCUACUCUGUAUGUAAAUCACUUCUGAAUUCAAUUUGAUGUCUUCCUCUUCCAGCAAAGAAAUGUAAUAAAGCAGCAUUUACAAAAACGUAA